CUUUCCAACUUGGGCCCGGCAGAAUGGCUCCCGCAAAGAAGGGUGGUGAGAAGAAGAAGGGCCGUUCUGCCAUCAACGAGGUGGUGACCAGAGAAUACACCAUCAACAUUCACAAGCUCAUCCAUGGAGUGGGCUUCAAGAAGUGUGCUCCUCGGGCACUCAAAGAAAUUCGGAAAUCUGCCAUGAAGGAGAUGGGGACUCCAGAUGUGUGCAUAGACACCAGGCUCAAUAAAGCCGUCUGGGCCAAAGGAAUAAGGAAUGUUCCAUACCGCAUCCAAGUACAUUUGUCCAGAAAGCGUAAUGAGGAUGAGGAUUCACCAAACAAGCUCUACACACUGGUAACUUACGUGCCUGUUAACAUAUUCAAAAAUCUACAGACGGUCAAUGUGGAUGAGAACUAACUGCUGAAUGUCAAAUAAAGUUACAGAACUGCC